CGUGCUGCCCCGCUGCCUGAGCAGGGUGUCCGUAUCUCUGUGGCUAAGCCUGAGCAUACACAGGGAGGCGUGCAAAAGAGCUUCUGGCCUGCCAGACGUCACACGGAGUGUUUGCUUACUGCCCUUGUUCCCCUGUAACCCUGCUUCACCAUGCUCCGAGCCUUUAGUCACACAAAUGGUAGCUGUGCAUUCCAUCACGCUAAGUGCUGGCGCCAUCAUAAGUCCGUGCUGGCAAUUAGGAGAGAAGAUGUCAACGCGUGGGAAAGAAGAGCACCUCUAGCACCAAAGCAUGUUAAGGAACUGACACAGAUGGGAUACAAGGUCUUGGUGCAGCCGUCAAACCGGAGAGCCAUCCAUGAAAAGGAUUACAUCAAAGCAGGUAGCAUUAUUCAAGAAGAUAUUUCUGAGGCUUCUCUGAUAGUAGGUGUGAAAAGACCUCCAGAGGACAAAUUAAUCCCUAAGAAGAACUAUGCCUUCUUCUCUCACACUAUUAAAGCCCAAGAGGCAAACAUGCGCCUUUUGGAUGAGAUUCUAAGACAGGAAAUUCGACUGUUUGACUAUGAAAAAAUGGUUGAUCAUAAAGGAAUGCGAGUUGUGGCCUUUGGAAAGUGGGCUGGUGUAGCAGGAAUGAUCAAUAUUCUGCAUGGAUUGGGAUUACGAUUUUUAGCUCUGGGACAUCACACUCCCUUCAUGCACAUUGGGAUGGCACAUAACUACAGGAAUAGCAGUCAGGCUGUGCAGGCAGUACGGGAUGCCGGGUAUGAAAUUUCACUGGGAUUGAUGCCAAAGUCAGUUGGGCCCUUAACAUUCGUGUUUACAGGCACUGGUAAUGUUUCUAAGGGUGCUCAAGAAAUGUUCACUGCCCUCCCAUAUGAGUUUGUGGAACCCCAUGAGUUAAAGGAAGUUUCCAGACAUGGAGACCUCAGAAAAGUCUAUGGGACAGUGUUAAGUCGUCACCAUCAUCUUAUAAGGAAACAUGAUGGACUUUAUGAUCCAGUAGACUAUGAUAAGCAUCCAGAACUUUACACUUCUCGCUUUAACACUGAUAUUGCACCCUAUACAACUUGUUUAAUUAAUGGCAUAUACUGGGAACAAAAUACUCCUCGCUUGUUAAAUCGACAGGAUGUUCAGAAGCUGCUGACACCAGUUAGGUCUGCUGCUGCUGCAGUGGAGGGCUGUCCUGAGUUACCACACAAACUUCUGGCAAUAUGUGACAUUUCAGCAGACACAGGAGGAUCUAUAGAAUUUAUGACAGAGUGUACAACAAUUGACAGUCCAUUUUGUAUGUAUGACGCUGACCAGCAUAUUAUUCAUGACAGUGUGGAAGGCUCUGGGAUUCUGAUGUGUUCCAUUGACAAUCUGCCAGCGCAGCUUCCUAUAGAAGCAACAGAGUACUUUGGCGAUAUGCUUUUCCCGUAUAUCGAAGAGAUGCUGUUAUCAGAAGGCUCAGACCCUCUUGAAAGCCAGAAUUACUCACCUGUUGUUCGAGAUGCAGUGAUUGCAUCCAAUGGCUCACUGACAGCUAAGUAUGAAUAUAUCCAGAAAUUGAGGGAGAACAGCUGCCCUGAGAAUCUGGAGACUUCAUUCCCAAGGGUUUUUUUGGAAUACACUCAGUUCAUGAACAUGGGAAAUAAGAAGAGGGUUUUAUUGCUCGGAUCUGGCUACGUCUCUGGCCCUGUACUCGAAUAUCUCACUAGAGAUUCCAACGUUGACAUCACAGUUGCAUCUGUCAUGAAGGAACAACUGGAACAAUUGACGAACAAGUACAGCAAUGUUACUUCAGUUCAUGUGGAUGUCUUGAAGCAUGAGGAAGAACUGUCUUCUUUGGUGAAGAAACAUGACCUUGUAAUCAGUUUGCUGCCUUAUUCAGCACAUCCUUUGGUUGCAAAGAAAUGUAUUGACAGCAAAGUGAACUUGGUCACAGCGAGCUACUUGACACCAGCUAUGAAACAACUCCAGGAGAGCAUAGAAGCUGCUGGUAUUACAGUUAUCAGUGAAAUGGGUUUGGAUCCUGGUCUUGAUCAUAUGUUGGCGAUGGAAUGUAUUGACAAGGCAAAAGAAGUUGGUGCCACGGUUGUAUCCUACACUUCUUUCUGCGGUGGCCUGCCAGCUCCAGAGCACUCUGACAAUCCUCUGAGAUACAAGUUCAGCUGGAGCCCACAAGGAGUGCUGCUGAAUACAGUUCAGUCUGCGACGUAUUUAAAAAAUGGAGAGAUUGUCAAUAUUCCAGCUGGAGGAGCGUUACUUGAUUCUGUAACUCCAAUGGAUUUUUUCCCAGGAUUAAAUCUUGAAGGUUUUCCUAACAGAGACAGUACAAAAUAUGCUGAGCCUUAUGGUAUUCAGUCAGCUCACACUUUGCUGAGAGGCACCUUAAGAUACAAAGGAUACUCCAAAACUAUGGGAGGCUUUGUAAAACUAGGAUUAAUUAACCCAGAUCCUUAUCCUUUGCUAAGCUCAACCACGUCACCUCUAACUUGGAAAGAGCUGAUGUGCAGACUGGUUGGAAUUGAGCCACCUGCUGAGUACCAUGUUCUCAAAGAAGCUGUAUUUAGCAAACUGGAAAAUGACAAAAGUCAGCUGGAGGCAGUGGAAUGGCUAGGUUUAAUGGGAGAUGAACCAGUUCCAGCAGCAGAUUCCAUUGUGGAGGCUCUUGCAAAGCACAUGGAGAUGAAGCUGCCCUUUGGCACUGGAGAGAGAGAUAUGAUUGUUAUGAGAAAUGAAAUAGGUCUCAGGCAUCCUUCUGGUCAUUUGGAAGACAAAUUUAUUGACCUGGUUGUCUAUGGUGAUAACAAAGGAUACUCUGCGAUGGCUAAAACAGUAGGAUACCCCACAGCUAUUGCUGCUAAGAUGGUUCUAGAUGGUGAAAUAGGUGCAAAAGGCAUGGUUGUACCAUUGACGAAGAAUGUUUAUGGACCAAUACUUGAGCGUGUUCAGGCAGAAGGCAUCGUGUACACUACUCACAGCGUUAUCAAACAGUAACUGGAAGCAGCGGGUUGAACCAAGUUUUGGCUCUGGUUUUCCCCUGGCUUUUAAGCAGCUCAGUUUGGUCCAGCUAAAGGUAGCACUUGCAGUUUCACACACCAGUGAUGCUCUCUGUAAAACUGUUCAUCUGGCCUUGACAUAGAAACUGUAGAUACCCUGAUGCAUGAAUUGUAGUAUUUUCCUCUUCAAACUAUUAUGCUUUCAUGUACAUAUUUUAGCAUUAAUCAGAUCGUUCCAUAUAUCUUUCCUAAAAUAUAUCAGAGUGGUUUUUUUUUUGAUUAAUAGAGUUUAUCUCCUAAGUGUAUAGGCUUAUUAUUGAGAGAAAUUUAAGCUGAAACAAAAAUCUAUUUGUGGAUUCUUUCAUGGUGGAAGAGUCUGAUUAAUGAAUUCCCUUGAUUAAGUUUGAUGGUUCAUGUGGUAAAAAUAAUUUAUCAGAAUAACAGAGAUGAAAGUGAUGCUUAAAAUUUAAGUUGUCUUGUCCCUUUCCCUUUAACAGUAUUUGUGAAUGUUUUCACAAUAACAUGGAGGAAAUGGUUUAGAAAUUCUGCACUACAAGCAAAUGAGAUCCCUUUAAAUCUUGAAAAUGUUCAGCUGAUAAAUAUUUGAAAUGUAGAUAUUAAUUUUUUUAAAAAAAUCCCUUUCUUAUGAAUGUAGACUUGAAUUAGUUGGAAGAGGGCAGAAGUUUAAAGCAGGCCUCCCUCCAUGCUCUUUCCCGUAACAGUGUGGAAGCCAAUUGCAGUGUGUCCAGGUACCCGCUCUUUCGUGUCGCCUGGUGCUGCGAGGGGAGCACAUCAGCAUUUAGCUCUGCAGCCAGGAACAACAUGCUGGAAUACAACACUGUUAAUGUGCUUAGAAACAGCUCAAAAUGCCGCAUUUACUCUUUCCACUUACACUGUGUGCCUUGUCCAGGUUAAGUACUGUUACAAAGGCUGUGUAGUAUCAGCAGCUUGGAAAUGCAGUAGGCUUAGAGGUUUACAUCACUACUUUUUGAGUUAGCUCCUGUCCUUUUGCUGUGAUGCUUCUGAAGUGUUCAUCUGAGGGCGUAUCCACACGACUCCCUACAGCACCGCUUCAGACUGAUGAGGGUUUGCGGGUGUCCCAGCUCUGCUGGCACGCAGUGCUGCGCACAGACCGGCCCGCCUGGCCCCGGCAGCGCUUCAGCCACAUCAGCCCCAAACUGGGCUGUGACCGGGGUGCAGCUUCUCUGACAAAGCAGCAGGUGCCUCCUUCCAGUUCCGGGCUGCUUCUGUGGCUGUUGCUCAGGGAUUUCUACACCUUUGCGAUGCAAGCAUGGCUUAGAUUUCACCAGUUUGGUCUGUGAGGUGUAAUGCUGUGGUCAGAUCCCAUUUGCACUGGUACCUGUGCAGCUGCCUGGCGCUCCCCUUUUCUGAAGCUGCUUUCACCUUUGCUCACAAGUGCACUUUGCUGAUAAAUGCACAGCCUUUCACCUCCUGAGAAGCUUAGUGCUUUUAUCAUGGUCCCGAGGGGCUGGAAUUCCAGGUGUUGCUCUGCCUGGUAGGAAAAGCAGCUGUAACUGUAGCUGAAGUUUUAAUCUCCAAGUCUUGCUACUCAGGAUCUGGAUUUUCUUUGUGUAGAUGUAAUGAAGUAGCAACUGGGACAAAGAGGAGGGUGAAGGAGCCAAAGGGAGAAGGAAGAACAGAAUGCAGAGUAUUACCGUUAAAGAGGAGGGCUUUUCAUAUGAACCACUGAAUGCCUUUGUACUGUUAAACUUGGAUUCUGUUGCAGUGCCGUGCAUGUUCUGAGUAUUGGAUGAAAUCCUGGCUCUGCUAAUUUGCUUCGCUUCCCACUGGUGGGUUGUUGGUUGGCUGGAUGGCUGGUACACGCAGCUGAGCUGGGGACGGAGCCCGCAACGAAUGUUCUGCUCUCUGCUGCCUGUUCCUUGCCCCCCGCAGAUUAAAACCUACAACUAGAGCUUAAAAUUAGACUUGCAUCUGCUGGUCCCUUCCAGUCCAGUGCUUGGUGAAAUCAAAGAAUUCUCUGUUCCCUCCUUUAUCCCACAAAUGCACAACCAUGGAGCUGUGACUCUGUACGUGUGCCUGCACCUUGCUUGCUUUUCUGCCUAGGAAAUGCAGUAUGCAAAGAAGGUUGGGAUUUUUUUACAAGUGUAUAAUCUCUUUGGAGAACUAAAGGAAUGAACACUACAGAGGGUUUUCUUCAAGAAAUGCUGCUACUGUUUUUGAAACAUUUUGUAUCAGAAUAUAUUUCUCUUUCCCACUGCAAAGCUGCUUUUCCUUUUCUAAGUUUAGACUUAAGUGAAUUUAUUACUCGGCUUUUUGUAUGCAGAUUAAACUGCUCAGUUCUCUUUGCACAUUAUUGGAAAGAUAAUUGUAUCUUACACACAAGAUUGCUUCAGUAAUAAAUCUGAAAUCCUGUG